AUGGAAUUCAAUGAUAUAGUUAAUCAUUUAUUACUCAGAGAUGCUGAAGCAAGACAACGUAGAUUAAAUAUUAGACUUUAUUCUGUGGCUCCUUUGAACGAAGAGUGUGGUUUGAUAGAGUGGGUUAAUGAUUUGGUAGGCUUGAGGCCCGUAUUAAUGAAUAUUUAUAGACAGAAAGGAUUGGGAAUGCGACCGCGAGAAGUAAAAGAAGUCUGUUGCAAUUUGAGAGAUCCGUUAGCAAAGAAAAAAGAAAUAUUCAAUAAUGUUUUACUGAAACUGCACCCGCCAGUCUUGGGAGAGUGGUUUAGGAAAACAUUUCCUGAUGCACAAACAUGGUUAACAGCGAGGACAGGAUACAUUAGGACUACUGCAGUUAUCUCAAUAACCGGGUAUAUGUUGGGAUUGGGCGACAGACACGGCGAAAAUAUUUUGUUAGAUUCUACAUGUGGUGAUGUUGUACAUGUUGAUUUUAACUGCCUAUUCAACAAAGGAGAAUCAUUUGAAUGGCCUGAACGAGUUCCUUUUAGACUCACUCAGAAUAUGAUCGCAGCAAUGGGUCCUUUAGGGGUGGAAGGCGUUUUCAGAAAGGCUUGUGAAUUCACUUUGAGAGUCCUAAGGACCAAUACAGCUACCCUGAUGUCUAUUGUAACACCUUUUGUUUACGAUCCUUUGGUUUCUUGGCCGAGAAAUAAUCCUUCUGUCGCACAUAAUUCCGAAAGAGUCAAUGAACAGGCCUUUGAAUAUAUAAAGAACAUCGAGUUUAGACUGCAAGGAAAAGUGAAAACAAAAAGUAGGACUAUGUCUCAAUGUCUAUCUAUAGAAGGACAGGUCAAUUAUCUGAUCAAUGAAGCUAAGAGUGUGGACAAUUUAUGUCAGAUGUACAUUGGUUGGGGUCCCUACCUGUGA